GUCACGUGUCUCACAUGCCUGCUUUCCUGUCAAUGGGACAGAUCUUCUUGAUUCCUUUCUUUCAACAACAUCUAUUCUAAAAACGGGUUGCUCCAGGUAAGUUAGUAUUUUGAGUGUAACGUUAUGUAUCUAUUGUUUAUAACAACGAUAUCUGCAACGUUACGUUCUAAUACAGAUUCGCCGAGAAGCAAAGUGGCAUUGCUGCUGUGUGUCCUCGGAGUCCCAGAUUGUUUACCUAUUAUACAUCUGUGGUGUCAUUCCAUAUAUUGUACAGUACAGUACAUACGUUUUGUGUUUGCAUGCAGUGUUGAUGAGUUGUUGGACGGCGGGGUGUGGACAGGGGAAGUGACAGAAAUAGUUGGGUCAGUUGGAGCAGGGAAGACACAGCUUUGUUUGCAGGUGUGCUCACAAGUGUGUUGUCACGAGUCUGCAACAGUUCUGUAUUUGGACACAACAGCCAACUUCUCUGCACAGCGACUCUGUCAGAUCAUUAGCAAAUCAUUAACUUCUCAAGCUGAAAUUGAGAAGGCUUUACGUCGUGUUUAUUAUGUGAGAGCUUUCAACAUCUACUCUGCUUUGCAACACUUGAACGCCAUCAAGUCCAGGAUUGUGGAGCACGCUGACUCAUUUUACAGUGGCUUGAAGCUGGUUGUAGUUGACAUUGUGUCAACGCUAAUCAGUCCCAUACUUGGAGGACAACAAUCUCGUGGUCAUAGCUUGAUGAUGGAACUUGCAAGGACUCUGAAAGUUUUAGCAACAGAACUUGGCUUGGCAGUGCUGUGUACAAAUGGUGUUGUUCAAGAUCACACUGGAGUCUCUGUAAAGUCUGCUUUGGGCAAGAGUUGGUCUCAUGUUCCAAGUACUCGGAUAUUCGUGCAAGCAGUUGAAAGUGAUGAAUGUGUUGGAAGCAAGAGACGAGUAUCAUUAGUGAAAUCGUCUCGAAUUCGAACUAGAGGUUUGUUUUCAUAUUUCUACAUCACAUCUGGUGGGCUAACACCACUGUAUACUGAAAAUGUUGGUGAUAUGUAAUGUCAUCAUCUCAUUUUAUUGCAGUCAUAUUAUUGCUGUUAAAGUUAUCUUUUAUAUGAGAACAAUUGUCAAGGGAUUAUGUGUGUUAGGCUAACUAUAACUGUAUUGCAGAGAAAAUUACAGAGUUUAAAAUAUGAAAUAGUUUUUGUUG